AUGGCAUCUCCUUACUGCCCUUUCACUGAGGUCAUAACUCCCGCAUCAGAGCUGGAUGGCUUCACGCCACUGGCCGUCGCUCUGCAGCAGGGGCAUGAGAACGUGGUCGCCCACCUCAUCAACUAUGGGACGAAGGGGAAGGUCCGUCUGCCCGCCCUGCACAUCGCUGCUCGCAACGAUGACACCAGAACAGCUGCGGUGCUCCUGCAGAAUGACCCCAAUGCCGACGUCCUCUCCAAGACUGGAUUUACCCCCCUGCACAUCGCGGCUCACUAUGAGAACCUCAACGUGGCCCAGCUCCUGCUGAACCGCGGUGCUAGCGUCAACUUCACCCCACAGGUGGGUCAGAGGCAGCCCAGCGCCGCACGCACUCGGCAGCGAGGGGCAGGGACUCGGGAACGUCUCGCUAUGCUAUCGGAAUGGCACGAUCCGCCUGGAGUCUGCCCGGCUGCUCUGGGGUGUGCGGAGAGCAGAGAUCCUAUGGGCUGGGCAGACGGCUACCUCGCCAGGGGCUCCUAAUGGCAGUCAGCAAUUACUACCCCUGCCCACAUGGAGCCCGUCCCCUCCCGCCUGUCCCAGCCACCUUCGCCCAGCUGGGGACCUCCAGCCUCUCUCGGCUCUGCUGGCAGCUGCCCCCUCGCAGCCCCACUUGCAUGCGGCACAUGAACGACCC